AUGACUACUCAAAGGGCUUUCUCUAGAAGGAAUGAGGAAGACAAUGUGAAUCAAGGAGAUCCUCAUAAAGCUCCAGUUGAUCCUUUGACCGAGAAUGUAACAAAUGUGAAGGUUAGGUCGGCUUUCCAAAUGUUGGCUCAAGCCUUGACGGCACAAGCCAAUAGAGAGGUGGUUAAUCAUGUGAACCCGAAUAGGAAUUCAGCGGCUUCAAUAGUUAGGGACUUUGCAAAAAUGAACCCUCUGGAAUUUUAUGGCUCCAAACUUGAGGAAGAUCCUCAAGAAUUUAUCGAUAAGGCCUAUAAGGUACUUGCUAUUAUGGGGGUGAAUCCGGUAGAGAAGGCGGAAUUGGCCGCUUAUCAAUUGAAAGGUGUUGCUCAAUCAACGCUCAAGGAAAAGAAUAGGGAGGUAAAGAGGGCAAGGACUGGUGACGGGAACUUCUCCAAUACAAGGUUCGAUGGACAAGUUCGACCAAGGUUUAGACAAAGGUUUUCCAACCAAGGUUUCUCCAAUGCUCCUUCCAAGUUCACUAGAGAUAGGGUGACUAAACUCAAGCCUCAAGGAGAUAAUGGUAGUGGAUCUUCAUUUUCUAGGCCUAAUUGUACCAAGUGUGGAAGGAGGCACGAUGGUAAGUGUCUAGCCGGCAUGGAUGAGUGCUAUGAUUGUGGUAAGAGUGGUCACAAAAUGAGAUAUUGCCCAAUGCUUACUGCUAAGGGAAGAGAGGAUGUGUAUGCUUUGUUAGACCCUGGUGCUACUUUGUCUUGUGUGACGCCAUAUGUGGAAAUGAUAUUUGAUGUGCUCCCUAAUGUGUUGUUAGAACCUUUUUUUGUCUCUACUCCUGUUGGUGAUUCUGUGGUGGCUAAGAAGGACUCGUGUACUCAACUUUCAGUUCCUGAAUGA